CGGUCAGAGUCCACCCAUUAAGAGGGAAGGAGAGGUAGUCUCCGAGCCUGGUGAGCAGGAGGCUUCAGUUAGAGCGCACCGUGCGACGAUGUGUACUGGGAAAUGUGCCCGCUGCGUUGGCUUGGUCCUCUUGCCCUUGGCCUUUAUAUGCAUCAUAGCCAAUAUCCUCCUCAUGUUCCCCAAUGCAGAGAGAGAAUGGACUGAUCACAUCACACUGCAGGUCUGGCUGAUGGGAGGAAUUGUCGGAGGUGGGCUUUUGAUCCUGUGUCCUGCAUGCUCUGCCGUACGGGCUGGGGGCAAAGGGUGCUGCGGUGCUGGUUGCUGUGGCAACAGAUGCCGGAUGCUGCGGUCUGUCUUCUGCUCACUUUUUGGCACCUUGGGUGCGUUGUACUGUCUCACCGUGUCUUCGACAGCUUUGGCUAAUGGCCCAUUGUGUGACGUUGGCGCUGGCAACUGGGAGUACCCCUUCCUGAACUCCAACAGCAGUUACCUGACGAACCAAACGCUGUGGGAGAUCUGCCAGAAUCCUCCAAACAUCGUCAUGUGGAAUGUCUCCCUCUUCUCCAUUCUCCUGGCGGCCAGCACCAUUGAGCUGAUCUUCUGCGGCUUGCAGGUGGUCAAUGGGUGCAUCGGAGUUUUCUGCGGGGAUUGCCGGAAGAAAGGCAGGAAAGACGAUGACGGCUUGUAACUGGGCAACAAGGGGGCAGAAGUGACCCUUGAAGGGGCAGUUCCUCGACAUUCUGAUUUGAAAUUCCCUGAGGACCAUUCCUUUCAGUCCUCCUUCUUUUCCUGUUCUCGCCUGUCUCCUUCGACAUUAGGACAGCGGCCACUCAUCGACAAAUGGGCACACCUUCGACCCAGCUGGCCCACCGUGUGUUUUGAUGCGCGAUACCCAUAGCAAAAACCUUUAUUUUGUGAUAAAUGCACUGGAAGGGAGUGGUUUGGAGUGGUGGUGAUGAGCGAGAAAUGCCAGGGACACAAGGGAGCGAUGAUGGGGGGAUUGUGUUGUGUUUAAUAUGAAUGGGGUUCAUGAUAUUGCAACAAUUUAACGUGAGGAUUACAUUCAGCCCAAGCGUUCAUCGCUGAGUCGCCAAACUGGCCAACUCACCUGCUUGCCCGAUUCCCCCAAAUCCAUCCCAAGGCCGGUCUCGCACAGGCGUUCGCAGGAAUACAGGGCUCACGUCGCCCCUGAAGAGGCUGCGUUGGGCUUGCAAAAUUAGAAUCCAAUCCCCACGCCCCCCUCCCAUUCACUCAGACCCAUGGAGCAAUUGGUACGCCUCUCCCGGCAGUGCCCACAGAUGUACCUGGUCGUGGGUGCCUUUGUUCUGAGGCAGCGCCAAACCCUUCUCAUUUCCAGCAGGUUCUUUCUCUCCGUCUUCUGCCGAUCUUCCUCCCCUCCCACCCCGACACCUUUUCUUUCCUCUUCAUCUCCUUCUCUGUGUUUUUCCUUCCUUCAUUCUGGUAUCCUUUCAACAUUGAUUUGCUGACCCUGGUGCUAAUCAGCCCGUCCCUAAUGCCCGCCCCUCCUCUGAGAAGUCGCCAUCUUGACCUGCCACUUUUGACACAGUGAACGCGAUCUAUCUCGAUAUCUGCACCCUGACAGCAAUGUUGACGGAUGUGGUCGCUCAGAAAUUUGGACUAUCCAUUUGGAGACAAAGUUUCAAAUUCGAAAACAUUUGAAUUAAAUUCGAUUCAGAGAGCUGCACAGCACAGAAACAGACCCUUAGGCCCAACUCAUCCGUGCUGACCAGAUAUCCUGAAUUCAUCAAGCCGCAUUUGCCAGCAUUUGGCCCAAGUCUCUCUAAACCCCUUCCUUUUCAUAUACCCAUCCAGAUGUAUGUUAGAAGUUGUCAUUGCACCAGCCUACACCAUCAGAUCUGACAGCUCAUUUCAUGCACGCACCACCCCUCACCGUGAAAAAUUGCCCCUCAGGCCCCUUCUAAAUCUUUCCCCUCUGGCCUAUUUUGGAUUGCCCUCCCCUGGGUUAAAAAAAAUACAUUGCCCAUUCACCUUAACCUCUGUGAAGUUCGUACCACACAUGAACCAUUCUCUGUCUAAAAAAAAAUUUUGCCUCAUGACUUUUAUAAAUCUUUGUCCCCCAAGAUAUGUCCCCUAGUUUUGAAAUCCCUCACCUUAGGGAGACGAUCCCUGCCUUAUGUUUACAGCUUGUGAUUUUAUAAAACUCUAUAAGGCCACCCCCAAACCCCCUAUACUCCAGUGAGAAAAAUCUCAGCCUAUCCAGUCUCUCCUUAUAAGCCAAACCCUUGAUUUCUGGCAACAUCCUGGUAAAUCCCUUAAAUCUGUACAGGAAGCGGCUUCUCCGCACCUUCCUCUUACUAACUUGGAAACUUCCAUUUCCUCCACCCCUGGACUUUCUAAAUUAAGGAUCCAAGCUUAGAUUGUGUGUAAUCUGCCCUGAUUUAACUCUUGGAUUCCAGGCAACGGUGACCAAGUGGUAUUUAUCACUAUAGCAAUUUCCCUGGGAAUGUUCGGAGUGUGGUAUUUGAAUCCCACCACAAGAAAGAAUUGGAAUCCAAUAAAAAUUUGGAGUCUACUGAUGGCCAUUAUCAGUUGUUGGAAAAAUCAGUCUGGUUCAGGAAGGAAAUUACCAUCCUUACCUGGUCUGGUCUGCACAUAACUCCAGGGAAAUGUCAAUAGGCUUCAUUCUUGACUGCCCCCAUUAAUGCUGGGCCUGUAUUCCAAGAAUGAUUUUAUUUUAGAGAAAGCAACAUUCUAGUGAAUCUAAGAUAACAAAGUGUGAAGCUGGAUGAACUCAGCAGGACAAGCAGCAUCUCAGGAGCACAAAAGCUGACGUUUCGGGCCUAGAACCUUCAAGUGAAUCUUCUCUGAAUUCUCUCCAAGCCGUUUAAUUGGAAGCUCAGGAGAUCUUGGGAGGAGACUUAGUUGGAAAUGUCACUGGGCUGGUGAUCUGAGGCUAAUAUUCUGAGGGGGUCAUGGGUUCAAAUUCCAUCCGUGAUGGACGACGAACAUUUGAAUUCAAUAAAAAUCGGAAGCCUCUAAAAAAUAAAAAUCCAGCUUGAUGGCAACCAAUCAGCUCCCAACUUGGAAAUCUGCCAUCUUUGCCAGGUCUGGCCUCCAUGCAACUCCAGACCCACAGCCGACAUGGCUCGCUCCUCACUGCCCUCUGACAGUUAGGAAUGGAUGAUACAUCCCAUGAAAUGAGUCAGAAAACAAACAUUCUGGUUCAUCUGCACCGCAGUCCCUUCCAAGGCCGAUAUAUCCUUCCUGAGGAACAAUGGGUUUAUUGUGACUUCAGACACAGGAUUUAGGGUGAACCUUUAUCCGUUUUGCAGUGACGGGAAUGAAGUUAGCCAGGUAGGUCUUACAGAAUAUGAGUUCCAUGAUCGGGGCUGUUAACCUGGUCCGAUCAGGGAGCCCUGGCUGACAGGAGUGUCGGAGAGUCUCCUCGCUCUGGGGACUGGCUCUCAGCUGGCAGUUCAGAGUCUAUGUACUGAACACAUGUAAAUAAAGGGGGACUUGGUGAUAGGAUGGAGCUAUUUCACAUUUAAAUGUGUUCUUCAAUUCCUUUCUCCAACAGGUUUUAAGCCAGCUCUUCCUGAAAUGCAUUCUGACUCCUCACCUCAAACAUUUCAGCAGAUUCCAUCACCCUCAGUCUAAGGAGUUAUCUGCUGAAAUCUCACCCUGUCGGAUUUAUUGGUGAUUAUCAUGUAAUCAUGGCCCUACAGGCUUGCACCAUCCUUUAGAGCAUUCAUUGAAGUUAAAUCCUCUGUAUGAAUCUCUUAGUCUUUCUUUUCUAGCUCUUCGCUCAGCCCAACUCAUAAUAGCAUGAAACAGACCCUUUCCUCUCACCUUAAAAAUAUGGCCCCCUGGUCUUUAAGUCCCCCACCUUUGGGAAAAGAUACCUGCCAUUCACCUUUAUGAUUUUAUAAACCUCUAUAAGGUCACCUCUCAACCUCUUAUGCUCCAGUGUAAAAAGUCCCAGCCUACCCAGGCUCUCCCCAUACCUCAAACCCUCAAGGUCCUGGCAAAUCCCUUCUGAGCCCUCUCCAGCUUAAUAAUAUCCUUCCUAUAACAGAGUGACCAGAACUGGACAAAAUAUUCCAGAAGAGGCCUCACCAAUGUCCUGUACAAACUCAACAUGACGUCCCAACUCCUGUACUCAAAGGAGUGAGCAAUGAAGGCAAGUGCACUAAACGCCUUCUUAACCACCCUGUCCAAAUGUGUUGCAAAUUUCAAACAAUGAUGUGCCUGAUUCCCUCUGUUCUACAGUACUACCCUACUUUUAAUUGUAUAAGUCUUGCCGUAGUUUGCUUUACCAAAAUGCAACACCUCUGUUGAUCUGCAUUUGACACUGUUUCUCUUCCACCUUCUGUGCUAACACUCCAAAGUUGGUCAGUCUGUACUUUACUUUUGGGUGCAGUUUCUGAUGGACCACUGAGCUGGAUGAUGUAUAUUUUAAAUAAACAUGUGAUUUACGGUU